GACCAAACCAGAGGAAUAACGUUUCCCUCCUUUCCCUUUAAAUGCCAAAUUCCCAAACCAAAACUCACUCCAAAGCACACUCCCAACCCACCCAAGAACGACACAGCAAUUCUCUCUCCUUCAUUGCCCAUUUUUUUUUUUAUGUAUGUUGGAACAGACUCCUAGAGGUUAGCUAUGGAAAUUGGAGAAUCCACAGAUGUUGCUGUGCGAAAGAGUGCCCUCACGCCUAAGGCUAUUAUAUAUCAGAAGUUUGGUAAUGAGGCAUGCUUUAAAGUUGAGGAAGUACAGGAAUCUAACCAAAAUGAAUGCCCGGGAUUGGCUAUUGUACAGAGAGGUCCUUGCCUGUACCGUUGCUCAUUGCAGCUUCCUGAAAUUUCUGUUAGUUCUGGAACUUUUAAAAAGAAGAAGGAAGCUGAGCAAUCGGCCUCGGAAUUGGCCUUACAAAAGCUAGGUAUUGAUCCUGCAACGUACAACAUUGCUGAACAAGAUCCAUGGAAUGCUCUAGUCAAUCGUAUCAAGUUUUUGUUCUCAAGUGAGUUCCUAACUACUCUUCAUCCUCUAAGUGGUCACCUCAGAGCAGCUUUGCAGAGAGAAGGUGAUCUCUAUGGUCAUGUUCCUGUUUCAGUCAUUGCUAUGCUUGAUCCCAAAAUUUCCAAUCUAAGCAAGUCCAUAGAUCCUAAGGUGGAGUUGCAUCCAUAUAUGGCCAUAUCUUAUGUUAUGAAGGCUGCUGCUGGAUUAUCUGGGAUUGUUGAUACUUCUGAAAAACAGCUUUGGGUCAAGAGGAAAAAUCCAUACCCUCUUAAAAUUACAGAUUUAGAUAUUCAACAAUCUGGCUCACCAGGAAGUUGCUCGGUUGAAGCCAUAUAUAUACCAUGUUCAAAUGGGAAGAUCGUUUAUGCUGUAAACCUUGAUGUUUCUUCAACAGGAUAUUACCUGGAUGUUGUUGCAAAUCAGCUAGGUUUGAUGGAUGCUUCUAAGGUUUUGAUUACCAGGCCUAUUGGUAGAGCUUCUUCUGAGGUGAGGUUGUACUUUGCUGCUUCGGAGACUCAUAUGUUAGAAGUGUCUUCAGAUCUUUCAAAUACCAAACCAGACAUGCAUUCUGAUGGAUCUUAUAACACAAGGUCAAGUUGCUUGUCUGGUGAGGCUAUAUAUGGUGAUGCAAUUUUGGCAUCCAUUGGAUAUACGUGGAAGUUUAAAGACCUUUUUCAUGAAGAUUUAAGCAUGCAAACAUAUUACAGGAUGCUUUUGAACAAGGUACCAAGUGGAGUUUACAAGUUAUCGCGAGGAGCAAUACUUGCGGCUGAUUUACCUUUAGCAUAUACUACUAGGGCAAACUGGAGGGGUUCCUUUCCAAGAGAAAUCCUCUGUACAUUUUGCCGCCAGCACCGACUUUCUGAACCUAUUUACUCAACUGUAAGUAUCUCUGAAGCACCAUCUGAGACAUCAGGGUCACACAAAAAGUUGAAGUUGAGAGACUCAGCUGUGGAAGAGACAGAGCAUGCAAAUGGUAGCAUAGUUGCUGCUGGUUCCAAGGGAGUAGUGGAAUCAGGAGGCACCUUUCGAUGUGAAGUUAAGAUAUAUUCAAAGUUUCAGGAUUUGAUCAUAGAGUGUUCACCAAAGGAAUCUUACAAGAAGCAGAGUGAUUCCUAUCAAAAUGCAUCUUUGAAAGUUCUAAUAUGGUUAGAUGCAUAUUUUAUGAAUUUCAAUACUCCUGUAGAGAGUCUAAACAGUUCUGCAUGUGAACUCGACAUUAAAUUUAACCCUACAAACUUUUUUAAAGCAUUUGCACUCUGUCGGCCCAUUCAAUCUUUCUCGUAUGGUGAGACUCAGGAAGGCAGAGCAGAUGAGUCAAAUGCUAUGCCAGGACAAGGAAUAUGUGGUCCAGAUUCUGGUGUCUCUCCAUCUAAUGGAUCAAUAGCAUGUAUAAGUUAUUCAGUGAUGUCGGUGAUUAAAAGUACAAAUACAAAAGAACUUCUUGAAAGUAGUGAUGAGUUUGAGUUUGAGAUUGGAUCUAGUUCAGUGCUACACCAAAUUGAAGCAGCUAUUUUGCAAAUGACUGUUGGGCAGUCAGCUAUUUUACAUAUGGACGUGCACUCUCCAGAAUUAAUUUUAGCUGCCGCAACUGAUUCUGAAAGGAUUCUGUCUUUGCUGUCUUCAAAAGACUGCUGCUUGGAGUAUGCUAUAACUUUAUGUCAAGUAACAGAACCUCUGGAAGACAGAAUGGAGCAGGCACUUUUCAGUCCUCCUCUUUCUAAGCAGCGAGUUGAAUAUGCAGUACAACACAUUAGACAAACCUGUGCUACUACUUUGGUUGAUUUUGGAUGUGGCUCUGGAAGUUUGUUGGAUUCUUUAUUAAAUUAUCAGACUUCUCUUGAAAAAAUUGUUGGCGUUGAUAUUUCUCACAAAAGUCUUGUACGCGCAGCAAAAAUACUACAUUCAAAACUAAAUGCAAAUGAAGCUAGUGCUGGUAUUAAGUCUGCUAUUCUAUAUGAUGGUUCUAUCACAGAAUUCGACCCUAGAUUGUGCAGAUUUGAUAUUGGUACUUGUUUAGAGGUAAUCGAGCACAUGGAGGAAGAUCAAGCAUGGUUGUUUGGUGACGUUGUGCUGAGCUACUUUUGUCCAAAGAUUCUGAUUGUUUCUACUCCCAACUACGAAUACAAUGUAAUACUCCAGAGAUCUAAUCUAUCAAACCAGGAAGAAGAUCCAGAAGACAAAGCUCAGUCUCAAGCCUGUAAAUUUCGUAAUCACGACCAUAAGUUCGAGUGGACUAGAGAGCAGUUCGAGCAGUGGGCGUCAGACUUGGCCACUAAACACAAUUACAGUGUUGAGUUCAGUGGUGUUGGUGGUUCUGGUGACAUGGAACCCGGUUUUGCUUCCCAGAUUGCUGUUUUCAGAAAGGGAACAACUCCAACUCUAGCUAACGAUGAUCUGCCAGUAGUUGUUGCUGAUAAUCAUUGCAGCGUUGUGUGGGAAUGGAAUAGUGGCAAAAGAUCAUGAAUCUCUCACUAACAAACCACACAUGAAGUAGACAUUUUGAUUACUAGCGUUUGGCAUUUGUCACAUAGUUUUCUAUAACUAAUGAUAAAGGCCACUCAAUGCUAAAGUAUUUGCAAAUUAAAAUGUGGCUACCCUAUAGAUUGUUGACCAAAGUUUCUAUGAAGUUAGCUGACUAAAGUUACCUAUUAAAAA